GAUCCGAUAACUCUUUUCUCUAUCCCUGACCCUGCGUGUUGCAGGUGCCCCCGACAAACGAGGUGCUGAGGAGGAAAAGCAUAUGUAACCGGCAGUUGCCCGACUUAUCGAAGCUGACGACAUAUCGACUCCAGCAAGGAUUGUUAUACCCCGUCAAUGUGGCCAGGAACGCGGCCAGGCUCGCCGCCCAGACGUAUUUUGUCAUUCCUUCUGAUGUCGAUUUCUACCCUUCCACUGACAUCAUACCUGAAUUCUUCAAAAUGCUCCAAGAGCCAGAUGUAUCCUCAACUACUAAACCCCGAGUGUACAUUUUUCCCACCUUUAAGGAAGAGAAGAACAUCGAUGAACUACCGGCGAGCAAGGUUACUCUCAAGGAACUAGUGUUGGCAGAGACAGUGAUCCCAUUAUACAACGAAAUGUGCACCACAUGUGAGAAUAGCUCUUUCGCGCAGGAGUGGAUUGAACACUCUGGAGAAUCUGGCUUGUCGGUGUUUCACGUGGGCCAAGGUUCGACGGCAUAUGACAAGUGGGAACCCAUAUACAUAGGCACCAAUUCAGAGCCUAUUUAUGAUGAAAUGCUGUCCUUGGAAGGCAAGAGGGAAAAGAUAGUGCAGAUGUACACACUGUGCUUGAAGGGCUACGAGUUCCACGUCCUGGACAACGCUUUCCUCGUGUACCGACCCGGUAGCACGAAACACAAGCUCUGGCAUCGAGACAUGUUCGUAGCUGAACAAUACACGUUUAUAAAGGAAGAAUUAAUACCACGCUACUUAACAAUGUUUAAAGAAGAUGAGAAGUGUUAUAUCUAAUUCUUAAAUAGUACAUUUUACGCAGAAAAUCUGUAAAUACUUUAAUAUGAUGCAUGCGUGUUGACUCAUUUCAGAAUGACUAUUAUUUACGAAAAUGGAUAUUGCAUUUAGAAACGUCAAUAUUGUGAUAUGAUAGAAUUAUAGUUAAUUGUGAUAAAAGAUAUAUGACUUUAGUUUUCUCAGACAUGCCACAGCAUCUUUGAUAUACUGAGUGUACUUGUGGUGUCUGGUAUAGUGUUAUUAGGGUAAAGCUUCUGGUUAUUGCAGUCAGGUGGCUUACCUGAUGUGAUUUCACGUGACUGCCACCCAUUACCAUAGAUUUGCCCAGCCAUGUCCAAGUAUGGCAGUAUUUUUUUGAAGAUGGCUUCCAAUAUAUCCAAGCAUAUCUUGUACGCAGUUGCUGUUUUUUGUUUUUGAAAAAAAAUCAUCUAUUUUGUAUAAAUCAACAAUAUAUAUUGUUUAUUCAUCAGUUAUUUAUUGAAUUUUAGUCUAGUUUAGUCUUAAAAGAUAAUAAUUAGAGUAUUUAAGAAGUUCCCUCAGUAAGUGGAUGAUUAAAGGAAAAGUGGCGCAUACAACUUUGGUGUUGGUAAAAUGCUAAUGGUUCGAAGGUUUAUAUUAUGUCCUUAACUUAUAUAAACUAUUAUAAUUUAGCAAUACGCUUCUGAAUCUGAAUAAUAUUAUAUAACAGUAAAUAUAACAUGUAUCAGACAAGUACUGCCAAAGAAUUAGUUUAUACUGUAUGUGCAAACCUAAUAGUUUUUCUUAUAUUACACAUAAAUUGUAUUUGGAAGAAAAUGUGUAUGUUAAACCAGUGUGAUUAUCAGUUGGAACGCAUGUGCUCAAGAUAUAUAACAUCAGGUACAAUCAAUAAAACAAGUUAACACGUCCAUUACAGAAUAGUACAGACAUGUACCAAUCUGUUCUGGUCCAAACAUUACAAAGCUGAAUUUUGUCACCGUAAGAUAAUGUACAAAAAUGAUUUAACCAUUUAAAGAAGGUAAAAAUUAUCCUAAUUCUUAACAUUUUUCCUUUUGAAAAGUCAAAAACAAAAAUGGUAAAAUCUCGGACAUAUUUAGACAUUUCAAGUACCCGGUAGGGCCAAACAGUAGCUUAUGUUAAUGAAAAAUCGGUUGUAUGGUAACCUUAUCAAAAGCAAUAAAAUUACUGAAAAAGAACUUUUCUUCUGGUAAAGUUUCAUAAUUAUUUAAACAUAUUGCAUAUGGGUGUUUGACAUCUGCAUCUGUGUAAUGUAUAUAAUAAUAUUAUUAUUAUCACACCAGGACUUUCCAGAUUGUUUCAUAGUCCGGAUAAAUUUUUGGGUGUCAGCAGUCUGGCAAGGACUCAUCAAUGGAACAAUGUUCCUAAAUUUCUAGCACUUGAAAAUUAAACACAUUUUUCCUAAAGACCUCGAGUAUUUUAAGAAUCAUCAUAUUAAUUAGCUGAAGUAUUGUAAAAUAAAAGGAGGGUACAAGUUUUGAAACAUUGUUUUAGAUAGACAAAAAAAACAAGGUAUGCAAGCUGCACACAGUAUUUUCUUAUUAAAGAUCACUGAUAGUUACAUAGCCUAUUAGUGGGGCAGCAAAUUUAGCAUGGUAAUUCUCUAAUGGUUACUAGUCAAGUCUGCCUGA